GUUAGGUUCUAUCAGAUUUCAUGCGCCUGCAAUUCUUCCGUCCCCGAUUAUUUAUAUAUUCGGUCCCUACGGUUCUAGAUCUAGUGCAUGCAUCUUGAAUUUUAGGAUUUUUUUUUGGUUUUGUUUGCGUUGCUUUUCUCCUCAGAUCCGAUACUUCUGGUGGGAUUUCGAGAUUAGGUUUCAGAUUUAGGAACGUAUGAAUGUUUAUGUUGAAUAUCUGCCAUUUUUUUAAAAACGGAUUAUAUUUUUUAGAAGUAAAAAAGGAAAUUUUUUGUUGAUGGAUUCUGUUGCAAUUCGCUUUGAAUUAUUGCUAUUUUCCUCUUUAACAUUCAUGACAAGAUUGGCAAAGCCAACUGGAUAAGAAAUUAAGGUCGAUUGUCAUCCAAUUGCAAGGCUGAUUGUGUGUUUUUGUGUGUUCUGAGUUUCAUUUAUGUCAAUCGGCGAUUCUGUAUUAUGUAUUUUGGUAUUCCGUAUUCUCCCUUAUUGUUGGUAUUAUGUUCUUAAUUUCGCAUCAAGCAUGCUUUAAUUUUUUUAUUUAUUUUUUUAGUUUUUUGGAAGAUUCGCUUUGAUCGGUUACUCGGAAAUAAUGGAAUUUAGAAAAGGGAAAUGAAUGCCUUUGUUAUGAAAUCUGUUCUGCGUGCUUGAUUGGCUUAGAGUUUUUGACAGUUUAUUCCAAUAUGUUCAUUUGUUGCUGCCUGUUUGAAAUUUGAAGCAUUUCGGAGGUUGAAUAUGCAUUAACUGGACAAAUAAUAUGCUUGUCUUUCUAGGAAUUAAUUGUAACCACAAAGCGGAUGGCAAAUAACUCUGAAAAUGAAUUGGUAGUACAUAGUUUGAGUAGCUGAAGCUCUGCGUCUACUUUCAAGAUUCUAUCGUGAAAUAAGAAAUGGCUUUAGGAGGACCAACUCCACCAAGAGGAAGUGCAGCAGCUACUGCAAGCAUGCGCCGGAGGAGGACAACUAGUAGCGGGGCCUCUGGAGGUGCAGCCGGGACUAUGCUCCAGUUUUACACGGACGAUGCCCCAGGACUCAAGAUCUCUCCGAAUGUUGUUCUUGUCAUGAGUAUUGGCUUCAUAGCCUUUGUUGCAAUCCUUCAUGUCAUGGGUAAGCUGUACUUUGUGCGUAAAGAGGCUUAGAAGCGCACGAUGAUAGGUUGCUAAACUCAAUGCGGUGAAUUAUGGGUUUUCCAUUGACUUAGUCAUGUUUAAGGGACAAAAUGUAGACUUCAAUUUGUAAACUUCUAAUGGUUGAAACAGUUGUAGUUUGUCAACUUUAAGAUUUUGCUUCUUCAUCAGAAUGAGAAUAUAUUCAUUGAAAAGCAUUGUAAGCUUGGUUAUACUAGUAUGAUUAAUAUUAUUUGUUUGAAUGAGAGAGAUUUUUAGUGGUUGUA